AUGUAUCUUCGUUACGACGACUGUCCCGUGCAAGCAUUUGCUGAUAUAGCAUUUUGUGCUGCCGGAGGUCGUGAUCACACGCAGUGCUGCUUGCGAAACGGCGUCGCAACAACACUUGCUGGCUCAAAGUGCCUCGCAUUUUGCGACCAG